UCGUUGGGUGUAGAUUAAUAGUCUCAUUAGUCCUUUAAAAGACGUCGCAAAUACGUUUUAUAAUAAGCUAUUAGGACUUAACACGAAAAAUAAUGGCCCGGGCUACUGACUGGUGACGGUGCUGCCGAAAGAGAUGCACGCAGUCCACAGGCCGUUGGCCAGAUGAAGACACGCGAGCUACUAUGGCAACUUUACGACUGUGACUUGUACAAGUUUAUAAAUUAGUGUAAUUUUCUCAUCCCUACGAGUAUUCUGUGUUCAUCUCAUCGAAGCGCCUGUUUUUGUGCGCGAGGGACUGCGAGACGGCGCCCGCGUGCAGCUCCGGCGCGCCGCGCCGCAUCACAUCACAUGAUUGCGCCGCUAUUGCCGAUAGCCAGUCCACACGGAAGUGCACCGACCGGGACCGGAGACGCGCCGUCAAAAUGGUGUCACUUAUUUGCACGCUUCAGGACCACAGGGACGACGUGAACUGGUGCGCUUUCUCCGCCAGCUUGCUGGCGACCUGCUCUACGGACAAGACGGUGCGCGUCUAUUCCGUGCGUGACUUCUCGGAGCUGCCCUUCUCCCCACUGACGGGCCACGGCUACGGCGUCCACUGUUGCUGCUUCAGCGCCUGCGGCCGCUACCUGGCUUCGUGCUCCACGGACGCCACCACGGUGGUGUGGCACACGGACAGCGGCGACAUCGCGGCGGCCUUCGAACAUCCGGGUCGCAGUCCGGUUAGAGUGUGCGCGUUCUCCCCGGACUCCGCCCACCUUGUCUCCGGCGGCUCUGACGGGACGCUCGCGCUGUGGGACUUGCGCACCAAGACUCUGCGCAGGACUUGCGUGGUUAAUGAAGCCACAGUAGUGGCAUGUUCCUUCAGCCCAUGCGGCCAGGCGUUUGUAACGGGCUCCAGCUAUGGAGACCUCCGCCUGUGGGACCCGGAGAUGAACCAGCAGCAGGCUGUGAAGAAUGCGCAUGACUUGGGGGUCACCUGCUGCCACUUUGCUCCCCAGAUGCAGAGCGCAGAUGGCGACUCGGUGCUCUUUCGCCUUAGUUCCUGUGGGCAAGACAGCCUGCUGAAGAUAUGGAUCAUCUCACAUCACGCAGAAGCAGGCUGGAAGAUGCAGCUAUUGUACACUCUGGCCGGGCAGUCUGCCCCAGUACUCUCCUGUUCUUUCUCAGCUGACGGACAGCUGCUUGUCUCAGGUUCAGUGGAUAAAACUGUCACUGUAUAUGAUGCUAACCAGGGAGUCCUGCUUUACACUCUGAAGCAUCAUGAAAGAUAUGUGACAGCCUGUGCCUUCUCACCAACGGUGCCACUCAUUGCAACAGGCUCUAUGGACAAGACUGUGAAUAUCUGGAGGGUGGAGGAUGGAAACAGUGGUUACUGGAAUGAAGGAAAGUCCUUGCCUGUUGCAAAUACAGAUGCUUCAUGUGAAGGGAGGAGGCUGGCGGGUCACAGGAGCCUGCUCAUGGGCGACUGGUCAGAGGAUGAUGUCUCAGCCUGGCUGCACGAGGAGGGCCUGGAGGCGUUAGUGGACACCUUCAAGGCCAACAACAUUGAUGGAGCUGAGCUGCUCAGCUUGAGCAAGGAGAUGCUGGCAAUGGAGCUUAAUAUCGGGACUGCAGCGCAUGCUAAAGGCACCCAAACACGAGGAGCGAACCGUUUUUCGCCAGCACACCUGUGCCGAGAGCAGAGGUCAGCACUGUGGACCCUUGCGCUCCGGGAAUCAGCCGGUCUUCGCAACAAAGUCAUUCGGAAAGUCACUGAGUUGAAGAUGGAGUUGAUUGGAACAGGAGUUCCAGAUGAGUUUCUGUGUCCUAUCACCAGAGAGAUCAUGAAAGACCCAGUCCUUGCGGCAGAUGGCUAUUCCUAUGAGAGGGAAGCAAUUGAAGACUGGAUCAAAGCAAAGAAUCGCUCCAGCCCAAUGACAAAUUUACCUUUGCCAACAACCACGGUAACUCCAAACAGAACCCUGAAGAUGGCGAUUAGUCGCUGGAAGGCCAGUCAGUGAGGGGAGGUGUUUUUCUUAUUUUUCCAGGUGAAUUACCAAAGAACAAUUGUUAGUAAUUACAUGAGUAGGAAUGAUUUGUAAAUGAAAAGGGUUCAUAUAUAAAAUGAACAUUAUUGCUGAGGUAAGGGUCUGUGAUAUGCACGCAUUGUGAAUGGAACUCUUUUUCUUAACGCACAGAUUGCAUUCCUUAAAGCAGCUUCUUCAGUGCAUUAAUCCAGACUACCAUGGAACAAAACUUUUGUCUUUAAGUUCACAUUUUUGUAAACUGUGACCUUGGCAUUUUUAAGCAUGAAUGAAACGUCAAAAUUGCUUUUUAGCAAAGACAUGAGCAUGUAUGCAAUUUAAAUAUUUAAAAUUUUACAUUUUUCAUAGAUUCUGGUAUGAAUGUAAACAUGAAAAAAAUUUGUCACAAGGAACAAAAGUUUGCAGUUUCUAUAAUCAAUACCUAGAAGUAGUUUUUUUUCCUGCUUUGCUAAGCUAUUGCAGCUAAAAGUACAGUCACAAACUGUCAUGGAGAUAAUGCUUCUGGAGCUACCAGUGUUUUCUCUUAUACUAUUACUGUUCUCUUUGGUGUAUGUUGCCAGACUUAAGAUUAGCAUUUUGAGAGAUGGAGAUAUUGAGCCUGGGGUCAUGUGCUAGUAUCGCUCUGAUAUUCCUAUGGAAAUUUGAAUCUAUACAUUUCAUUUUUUUUCCUGUAACAGCUAAAUGAAUAAAUGUAAGUAUAGCUGUAACUCUUCUCCAAAGGAGCUUGCACUGUGGGUUUCUUCUGGGUGCUCUGGUUCCCCC